AUGGCAGAAUAUUUGAAAAAUGUAUAUAAAUAUUUGGAUGCUAAUAACCUCAAUCCAAAUAAAGCAAUUAUAGAUGUUCUUAGGCUUUGUGCACCAGAAUACAUUACCCUUGGAUCUGAUGAACUUACUUCUGAUAUACUAAGAAAAACUUUGGUAGAAGUCUUUAUUUAUGAAAUUAUUAGGCUCAAUGGCAUUCCAUCAAUUGGUAAUAAAUUUGAUGCAAUCUUUAUUACAGCAAUCAUUCAAAAACAUGGACUUAAUGUGCGAGAGGAACUUAACAAGUGGAAAAAUGGUCAACAAUUUGAUCUUCAUUUAUGGAUCACUCCCACAAUAAAAUUUGUAACAAUUUCAAAUCUAUCAAAAGCAGUUUCUAUAGCCAAAUAUGUUGAAGAUGAAACUUAUAGUUAUUAUGCAAUCCAACUAGACACCUAUUCAAGAACACAUCUUCAAACAGGUCUUGAUCUAAUUUUUAAUGAUACUACAGCCAAAAAGAAUAACUCAAAUAAGGAUGAGGAUGACAUAGAAGAGAAAGAGUAUGGACAAGAUUUAAACUUUGAUGAUGUAGAUUAUAAUUUGGACUACACUAAAAACAUCGAAAAAUACUGA